AUGUUGUCUAUUUGUCUACAGAGUCCCGGCGCAGUGAGCGGGCCCGGCGGGGACGCACAGAGCGGCUCCAGGGACGCGCUCGACGUACGUUACUCGCUAGCUGCGCUUGCCGAUGACUACACCAAGCGCAAGCACGUGGUGCGGGUAACCACCGCCGCUGGAGCCGAGCUUUUGCUACAGGCGGAAGGCGCGGCGGACGCGCAGCGAUGGCUGGCGGCUCUAAGGCGGCACUCAGCGGAGCCUCCCCCCGCGGACAGCGUGCCCCCCACACCAGUACCUCUCUCAGUGCCCACUACACAGCAAGCGGAGUGUCCGUCCCCACUACCGCCGCAACGCAGUAAGAAGAUCGGCAGGAAUAGAUCACCCACAGUGCCGACGAUAGCAGGUCCGCCUACGCCGACUCUCCCUUCGUCGCCGAAAAACAAGACGUGGAAGGGUCGUAUGGCGAAGCAACUGCGUCGGAUGCACGGCGGCGCCAGUAAUGCGACCCCUGCCUCUACUGGAUGGUUGGGGGCGCCGCUGGAACGAUGCCCUUCCGACCCCGAGAAUCCGCUCGUUCCGAAGGCAGUCACUCUACCAGCGCAAGCUGUGGAGUCGUACGGCCUCCGCACUGUGGGCGUGUACCGCGUGCCCGGCAACGCGGCGGGCGUGGCGGCCCUCGCUGCGGCCCUGGACCGCGGCGAGCCCCCGCCCGCCGGCGACGCGCGCUGGGCCGAUGUGCACGUGGCCUCGUCGCUACUGAAGGCCUAUCUGCGCCGCCUGCCCGACCCGCUGCUCACCGCCGACCUCUACCCCGCCUUCAUAGCGGCAGACCGGUCUACAGAGAGGGCGCGCGAACUGAGAAGACUAGUCCACGCUCUCCCAGAAGCACACUACGAAACUCUAAAGUACCUAGUGCAGCAUUUAAGACGCGUGGUGGCACACUCGUCGCACAACAAGAUGGAGGCACGCAACCUCGCCAUAGUGUUCGGGCCGACGCUGGUCCGCGCCGCCAGCGACGACAUGCUGGCGAUGGUCAACGACAUGUCCAGCCAGUGCCGCAUCAUCGAGUCCUUCUUGACGCACUACGAAUGGUACUUCGAGGAGGAGGAGGGCGAGCCCCCAAUGGAGCCCCCGCCCGCGGCCGAGGAGCUGUCCCCCGCGCCGGCGCCUUCGAGAGAUCUGCUCAUACACAACGUUAAAAAGAUUGAAGGCAAGGACGUGUCAACACGCGACAUAGUAUCAUCUAUAAUCUCGGCGGCGAACCGCAAGAUUCAGCGCAAACCGCGCAAGGACAAGAAGUGGGAGGAAAAGUCCUCCCCUCCCCGCUCGCCUCCCGCGAUCCCCCCGCACUACGACGCCGCCAGGGAAGAACGCGCGCUGCACAAAAUCGACAUAGAAAGUAUGACAGCGCUGAAUCGCGGACGACACGAAACCUUCACUAUCGAUGGGGCCGGCGAUCUCGUGUCCUCGCUGACGAGCACGUUCGACCAGAAGCUGCGGUCGCUGAACAACUCGUCGCCGCUCGACGAUGGCAGCAUCCCGUACGCGGACGAAGCUCAGGAAGACAACGAGGACGGCAAAUCGAGCGGCUCGCCCUCCGAGGGCAGUCUACGCAGCGAGCGGGCUUCCCCCGCGGCGCGCGCCCACGAACUGAAGGCCGCGUGGCUCGCGCGAGACGUGCGACACUCCUCGUCCAGCAGCGACGAAACCGCGUGGCCGACCGCAACACGACGCAACGACCCGCCCUCCCCGCCCUCACCGCCCGACGACGCCGACGACUCCGAAAAGGAAAACUGCUCCAACGCCCCGCCCGCCUCCCCCGACCGAGCCGGCGGCGAAUCGCGAGACGAGCCGGACGCGACGCACGCCAAACCGAAGCGCACCGAGUCGCUCAACAGAGAAGGCAGCCGGACGGAGACGCGCGUGCUCCGUUCCGAGUCGCUCAACUGCCGGGCGCGGCCGGAGCCCGAGCGCGAGUGGGCGGCGGCCGCGUUCCGGCGCCGCGACGCCGCCGCCGCGUGGCGCUCCACCAAGCUCAAGCGCAAGAACGGCAUGCCCGAGCGCGGCAUCAAGCGCCGGCACACGGUGGGCGGCACCAAGGACUUCGACAAGGACGGCUGGAGCGCCCGGCACACGCGCACGUCGUCGCCCGACCUCACCGCCGCCACCACUGCCGUGUGGCCCGCGCCGCUGGUGCCGCCGCCGCGGCCGCCGCUCGAGUCGCACGUGUGA